GCCCAAGCAUCUUGUCUUCUUAGCGGAGGACACAAGUAAAACAAUGCCGCCAGCACCCUUCGCUUUUCUUAGCGGUGUCUGGCGCCGCCCUUCCUUCCACUCCGCCAUCCUACUUCAACUAUGCUCCUCCGCCCCCGUCAUCCUAGACGUAGCGCGACUUUUUCAUCAUGAACGUUGAGCGGAGCGUUUUCUCCUGGGCCCAGACUAAAUAGACGAUCAGACGAUCAGACCCAGGCGGAACGGAGUAAUUUGCCAGGAUGAGCGCCUCCUCCACCCUGGCUAUCCUGGGGGAACGCUUUGUGGACUUGCCGAAACAGGUGGCUGGUGGAUCUUCACAUUCCGUUCUCAACCCAUACAUCUACGACCCUUCAAUCCCACUGGCCGUCAUCGGCGCCAUCAUCUUCUCACUGAUCUUUUCACUGUCCAUCUACCAGUAUCUCCGCCACCGAUCAUGGUUCUUCUGGGCUGCCAUCGUCGGCGUAAUCAUGCUGGCACUCGGCCACAUCUGCCGUCUCGUCUCCGCCCUAGAUGAGAACAAGAAUCUUCCGUUCCUCAUCUCCUGGAUCAUGAUUCUCCUCGCACCAUCCUUCUUGGCUGCUGCGUGCUAUACAGCCUUCAGCAGAGUCGUCUGGUUCUCAUGCCCUACGCAUGGUCUCAAGUUCAAAGUGCUAUGGUGUUUCCCCCGCUGGAUCACACCAACAUUUGUCGUCUUCGACCUCUUAUCCUUCCUCAUCCAACUCGUCGGAGCCAGCCAGAUCUCGCGCCAAUACGCCAACGACGCAUCUCCAUCACGCUCCAUCGAGUCCUCAGAGCGCAAAGCCCUACCCGGCCGCGUGAUCCUGAUCCUCGGGCUCGUCAUGCAGAUGACAUGUUUCGUAUCCUUCAGCAUCAUCUCCGUGCGCUACUUCUACAUCAGCCGACACUGGCGCGCCUUCGACCUCGGCGACCUAAAGCUCUGGCGCAAGCUCUCCUACACCAUCAACGUAUCCUCCAUCCUCAUCGCCCUCCGCGCUAUCUACCGCACCAUGGAGAUUCCCCAUGAUAAAAACUACGGCCUCAAGUACCUCCAGAGCCACGAGUGGUGCUUCUGGGUCUUCGACGCACUUCCCAUUCUCACCGUCUUGGUCGUCUUUGCCGCGUGGCAUCCUGGCCAUUACCUGCCCAGGAGCUACACUGGACUUGCGCUUGAUAAGGGCCGCGCUGUGAAGGAGAAGGAUGAGAUUACCUCGAUGAUUGGGACGGGCGCGCAGGAUGUGGAGAUUAGAGAUUUCAAGCCUGGAGAUUUUCAGGGCGGGAGUAUCGAUGCUAGAGUGUGAAUAACUGGAUGAUGAUGUUGGUGAUGGAGUGUGAUUAUACGUGGCGAUUUGCGCUUUUUUGUCUUGUUUGUUUGUUGAUACCAUUGCAUUUAGCGGGCUGGGCGUCUUUUUUUUAAAGGAGGGUCGGGAUACUCACGUCAAUUCUGUCAUGCAUGCUGAUAUGAUACGAAUUCUACCGCUG